AUGAACACGCUUCAAGCAUCCAUCUUUGCUGCUCUCAUCUCGCUCCUGCUGGUGACACCAUCUUCUACAGCAGCCGUGUCAGAAUCUGCCAGUUCCCGGACAAAACGCCAGUCGGCAGACGUGAGGACGGCAGAGUACCUAGCCUGGAUCGCGCUGGGAGGCAAGGUUCCAUCCCAGGGCUGUGAGUUGGUGGCCUGUGGAGUUGUCGACGUUCAUGCCAGUGGGAAGAAGAAAAGGGAUCCUCAAUAUGCGCCAAUCUCAGACGAAGAAAGAUACAGCCUCUUGAAGUCACUGAUCCAGCGAGCAGCGGAAAACACCUUGUCAUAG